AUGGGCAGCAGCUCUAGUCGCCCGUCCAGGCGGCAGGAGCAGCAGCAGCCGCAAGGCCAAUACCGGAGCCCAUACACACAGCAAGUUGCUCCUCAUGCCCAGCAGUACUACGGGCAGCCAGGCGCUCCAGGCUCCCAGCGCCAGGAGCAGAUCGGUGGGCCGUACCCGAACUUCUACAUGUACUACAUGCAGCCGGUGCAGCACGCGUCGCAGACGCCGGCGUCCGGCAACGGCGGACCCGCGGCCGAGCCCCCUCGGAUGCAGCAGACGCAGAAGAUCAAGAACCUAGUGAACCUUCAUAAGAGCUCCCUCAAACUGGUGCCGUUCGCGGAGGAUCCGAACAAGCUGAAAGUGGAGUUCACGUUCGAUUCGAGCGCGCCGUGCACCGUGACCACUCUGGUGCUCGCUGGGGAGGUCAACAAGCAGGGCUUGCUCGACGCCAACCCGGGCGGCUGCAAGCCAGGGCCUCGCGUCGCCUUCCCCGAGGGCCUCGGGCACAAGUUCGCGAGCGCCCAGCACUUCGUGGACAUGAGCAAGUGCGACCACGACGUCAUGGCGUCUGCGGAGGGCGACCUGUACCCCCUCGUCAUCCGCCUGGAAGCACUGACUCAGGCGGCGCGCGACCAGGGCAAGACGCUCGACGACCUCGCGAUCGGGUCCGAGCAGCCGGCGUGGGUGCAGUCGCAGACGACGUACGCGGUGGUCACGCGCACGGAGGCCGGGCAGUGGGUGGCGAAGGUGAUCAAGCAGAAGAUCAUGUUUGACGGGACGCCGUACGAGCUGCAGGAGAUCUACGGGCUGCAGGCGGCGGCGGCGAACGGCGGCACGGCGGAGGGCACGCCGAUCGCGGAGGACCCGGACGACGGGUCGACGGAGUGCAUCAUUUGCAUGAGUCAGGCGCGCGACACAGCAGUGCUGCCCUGCCGGCACAUGUGCAUGUGCAAGGAGUGCGCGCAGGCGCUGAUCUCGCCGACGAACACGUCGUCGACGCGCGCCAAGUGCCCGAUCUGCCGCCGCAUGGUGAGUAACAUCCUCACCAUCGUGAAGACGGAGAACGGAGGCACCAUGCAGCAGGCUCAGCCCGUGCGCGGACCCGCCGCCGUCUAG